AUGGACUCACUAGGCACAGCAACCGCACAGUUUGGGUUUGAUCUUUUCAAAGAGCUGGAUAAAAGAAACGAUGGCAACGUCUUCUUUUCCCCCGUGGGCAUCUCAACAGCCAUUGGCAUGAUCCUCCUGGGGAGCCGAGGAGCCACUGCCUCUGAGUUACAGAAGGUACUUUUCUCUGAAAAAGGCACAGGAAGUUUCAGAAUAAAGUCUGCAGAAAAGGAGGUGAUUGAGAAGACAGAAGAAAUAUAUAAUCAAUUCCAAAAGCUUUUGACUGAAAUAAGCAAAUUCCCUAAUGAUAAUGAACUGAAAAUAAGCAACAGGCUGUUUGGAGAGAAAACAUACCUCUUCCUUCAAAAAUACAUAGAUUAUGUUGAAAAAUAUUACCAUGCAUCUCUGGAGCCUGUUGAUUUUGUAAAUGCUGCAGAUGAGAGUCGAAAGAAGAUUAAUUCCUGGGUUGAAAGCCAAACAAAUGAAAAAGUCAAGAACCUGUUUCCAGAAGACUCUUUUAACAGCUCCACCAAGCUGGUGCUCAUUAAUACAGUUUAUUUUAAAGGCUUGUGGGACAGGGAGUUUGAGAAAGAACAUACCAAGGAGGAGGAGUUCUGGCUGAAUAAGAACACAAGUAAACCUGUGCAGAUGAUGAGCCAGUGCAGCUCCUGCAGCUUUGCCCUCUUAGAGGACCUGCAGGCCAAAAUUGUGGGGAUUCCGUAUAAAAACAACGAUCUCAGCAUGUUUGUGCUUCUGCCCAAUGAUGUAGACGGUCUGGAGAAGAUAAUCGAUAAACUGUCUCCUGAGAAGUUGGUAGAGUGGACCAGCCCCGGACACCUGGAGCAAAGAAGAGUGGACCUGCGUCUGCCCCGCAUGCAGGUGGAGGAGAGCUACGAGCUGGAGCCCAUGCUGGAAGCUAUGGGCAUGCGCACCGCCUUCAGCGAGUGUGGGGACUACUCAGGCAUGUCUGCACGCUCCGGGCUGCACGUCCAGAAGUUCCUGCACAGAUCCUUCAUGGUGGUGGCCGAGGACGGAGUUGAGGCCGCUGCGGGCACUGGCAUGGGCUUCAUGGUCUCGUCAGCCGCAGGCUGCGAACUUGUGCACUGUAAUCACCCGUUCUUGUUCUUCAUCAGGCACAGAGAGUCCGAUAGCAUCAUCUUCUUUGGCAGGUUUUCUUCUCCCUGA